AUGGCGACUUCUCCUUCUAAGGACGCUGAACUUGACCCCGAGGCGCAAUCGGGUGAAGAACAAGAGCAUAUGGACAAGGAGCAUCACGACGCGCAGGGGCAUCAGGGCGAGUUCGAGGUGAAGGAGCAGGAUCGGUGGCUUCCGAUUGCAAAUGUGGCUCGUAUCAUGAAGCUGGCCCUGCCCGAUAAUGCAAAGAUUGCCAAAGAAGCCAAGGAAUGCAUGCAGGAGUGUGUGAGCGAGUUCAUCUCAUUCAUCACCAGUGAAGCCUCGGAGAAAUGCCAACAGGAGAAACGCAAGACCGUUAAUGGCGAAGAUAUCCUAUUCGCUAUGACGUCCCUUGGUUUUGAGAACUACGCCGAAGCCCUCAAGAUCUACCUUUCCAAGUACCGCGAGGUAAAUUCCCCCCAAUCCAAGCGCCGCGCCCAUGAUCUUCCUCAGACCGCAUCCCGCGCCGCACCCCACAACCCAUUCCAGGAACGCGCCGCAGAGAUGUCUAGCUUCGGAAUGCUGAUUAGACCCCAGACCCAAUCUGCCCGUGGCGAGAACCAGAGACCCCCAAGCGCUGGUUAUGGAACCGGAGGACCUGUCGGUGGCCCUGGCGGACCAGGUCCCGCUCGGGCAGGAUUCGCGGAUACCGAAGCUUCAAACCCUAUGAUGAAUCCCAACCUUGACCCAUCCGAGCAAGACGCAUCCGCCUACGGCUAUCCCGCAAUGGUUGGCCAGUCUCACAACGGCGCCGGUGGCGAGUCAUACUAG